CGUCGAUCUCACGAACGUAGCAGAUGCAAUGUGUGGUCGUUGGGCGUGCGCGGCUCGCAAGAAUGACGGCACCGCUGUUGCAUGGGGGGAGAGGUCUUGGGGAGGUGACGCUUCAAGUGUCGAUCUCACGAACGUCGCAGAUGCAAUGUGUGCUAGUGUUGGUGGUGGUGCGUGCGUGGCUCGCAAGAAUGACGGCACCGCUGUUGCAUGGGGAGUGAGUUCUGGCGGAGGUGACGCUUCAAGCGUCGAUCUCACGAACGUAGCAGAUGCAAUGUGUGGUCGUUGGGCGUGCGUGGCUCGCAAGAAUGACGGCACCGCUGUUGCAUGGGGAAACAGUCUUUACGGAGGUGACGCUUCAAGCGUCGAUCUCACGAACGUCGCAGAUGCAAUGUGUGGCACUCAGGCGUGCGUGGCUCGCAAGAAUGACGGCACCGCUGUUGCAUGGGGACUCAGUCUUCACGGAGGUGACGCUUCAAGCGUCGAUCUCACGAAUGUAGCAGAUGCAAUGUGUGGCACUGCGUGCGUGGCUCGCAAGAAUGACGGCACCGCUGUUGCAUGGGGGCACAGUUCUUUCGGAGGUGACGCUUCAAGCGUCGAUCUCACGAACGUAGCAGAUGCAAUGUGUGGCGCUCGUGCGUGCGUGGCUCGCAAGAAUGACGGCACCGCUGUUGCAUGGGGAAACAGUCUUUACGGAGGUGACGCUUCAAGCGUCGAUCUCACGAACGUCGCAGAUGCAAUGUGUGGCGGUCAUGCGUGCGUGGCUCGCAAGAAUGACGGCACCGCUGUUGCAUGGGGAUCCAGUUCUCACGGAGGUGACGCUUCAAGCGUCGAUCUCACGAAUCUAGCAGUUGUGGAGGCGACACCAUCUUCUGCAUCAGCCACUGGCGACCCGCACUUGCAGAACAUCUACGGCGAAAGGUUCGACCUGAUGAAGGCGGGCAACGUCUCGCUCAUCCACGUUCCUCGCGGGGUUCCCGUGAAGGACAGCCUUCUCAUCGUCGAGGCAGACGCUCGCCGUCUAGGCGACUCUUGCGCUGACCUGUACUUCCAGACGCUCAGCAUCACGGGCAAGUGGGCGAGCUCGGACCUUCAUUUCAAUGCCCAGGAGCCGCCCGAGAGGAAGGCUACGUGGUUGCAGCUCGGUCCGGUGGAGCUUAAGGUUGUUCAUGGACGUACGGAGCAGGGCCAUCUCUACUUGAACUUCUUCGUCAAACACCUUGGACGCGCAGGCGCGGCUGUCGGUGGACUGCUCGGAGCAGAUGAUCACACUGAGGCAGCAACUGCAAGAGCAGAUUGCCACCACACCGUGGCACUUGCCAAGCAAGCGACGCGGUCUUCAGAUGCUUCAGUGGCCUCGGAUGCGGUCGCCUCUCUUUGA